CGGCGCCGCCGCCCGCGCCCGCGCACUACCAGUGUCGCCGGCGCCAUCUACAACCUGCUGACGGGGUCGCGCGGCGCGCUCGCCACCGUCGCCUACAGCGACCGCUACUUCCGCUACGGGCUGCCGCCGGCGCGCGGGCUGCUGGCGGGCGUGCCGCCGCCGCGGGAGCCGAGGCCGCCGCGCUACGCGCCCAUGCGGCGGGCGCGGCGCGACCUCCCGCGCGUGUUCGUCGUCGACGGGGACGCGGCGGGCGCGUGGCGCGAGGCGGACGGGUACCCGGCGCGAGUGUUGCCGCUCGAGUACCGGCAGUCGCGGCUGGGCGUGGCGCCGGCGCCGCGGCGGGCGCCGGAGACGAGCGGCGCGCCGGUGCGGCUGCGGCGCUCGCUGUCGCUGCGCUCGUUCCGCUCGCCCGAGUCGGCGCCGCGGCCGCAGUUCGCGCUGGAGGACGCGGAGGAGGCGCGCGUGUACGAGGAGGCGGGCGGGGGCGGCGCGUUCGACAAGGCGGCGGAGCGCUACAGCGCGGCGAACCUGGCGGAGGCGAGCGCGGCGGACGAGCGCAAGAAGCUGGAGCGGUUGGAGCGCAAGGUGCUGAACACCGAGCGCUACAACAACGGCGCGGCGGCGGCGGCGGUGACGAGGCCGCUGCUGGCGCGCUCGCGGCGCGGGUCGCGCUCGCCGGCGCGGCGCGGGAGCCCGCGAGCCGCCAUCCGCUUCCUGCUGGGGCUGAGCACGCUCUUCUACUCGCUGGCGCUGCUGGCGUUCUACUUCCUGAGCCUGUCCGCCUGACAAGUGACAAGUGACGCGUGACGCGACGACAACGAGUGCAUAAUCUGAUAGUCGUUAACGAGUGCCAUAUUUUAUUUAGCGGCCGUUCGCUAGUGCCUUUUUAUUUUAUUAUGUGCGGCCGACUUUGUGUGACGAUCGUGUAGUUUCCCACUUUCGAAAUGAUUUGUAUUUGAUGUAUCAACCUACAAGCUGCAUGUACCACGUCUCGACUCGACCGACUUCCAAAAAAAAGUAUAACAUAACUAAAUGAUAUUUUUAAUACAGUUGCUCAAAAAGUGCCCGUUUUUUGGCUGUUUAGCGUGCGAGAAGUUGGUUUUUACGCACUAGUGCGUAAAAAGUAUACGUUCCAUUUUACGACUACUCACCGAGUUGUU